AUGAAGAUUGCUUCACUGUUGAGCCUGGCCGGGCUUACAGCCCUGGCUCACGGUUCCAGACCGACACGAGACUACGAUGCCAACGAUUAUUAUGUCCUCCAACUCGAUAGCGCAACGACGCCCGACCAAGUCGCCAGCCGACUGGGACUCGCCCACGAGGGUCAGCUUGGUGCGCUCGACGACCACCACGUUUUCCGUGCCCCCAAAGUCGACCACGAUAUUGUUAAACGAGAAAUAUCAGAGCGCAAGAGGAGGAAACGAGACCUGGGCGGCUCUGAUCCGGUCGACGGAAUUCUACUGUCAAAGAAGCAACAAGCACGACAGCACCUUUUCAAGCGAGAUGUCCCUCUGAAUCAAAGACGCUGGAAGCCUUUUAGCAGCCGUGCCGAUGCCAAAGUUGCAGAGCUAGCAGAAUAUCAAGAAACAAUCAUGAAGCAGCUCGAAAUUCAGGAUCCCAUUUUCAAGGAGCAGUGGCAUCUGUUAAACCCCCUACAGCCUGGCCACGACGUCAACGUUACCGGCCUUUGGCUGGAGGGUAUUACGGGAAAGAAUGUCACUGUCGCAGUGGUAGAUGACGGUCUCGAUAUGAACAGCGACGAUCUCAAGCCCAACUAUUUCGCCGAGGGUUCUUGGGAUUUUAACGACAACGACCCCGAGCCUGCCCCUGUACUGGACGACGACCGGCACGGCACCCGUUGUGCUGGCGAAGUCGCAGCCGCCCGAAACGAUGUUUGCGGUGUUGGUGUUGCCUAUGACUCCAAAGUCGCUGGAAUCCGUAUCCUCAGUAAACUGAUCAGCGACGCCGACGAAGCAGAAGCGCUGAUGUACAAGUACCACGACAACCAUAUUUACUCUUGCUCAUGGGGUCCAUCCGACGAUGGUCAGACUAUGGAGGCACCUGAUGUUGUUAUUCGACGAGCGAUGCUCAAGGCGAUUCAGGAGGGACGUAGUGGUCUUGGAUCCGUCUACGUCUUUGCCAGUGGAAAUGGUGCUGGUCAAGGAGAUAACUGUAACUUUGAUGGAUACACCAACUCUAUCUACAGUAUCACAGUUGGAGCUGUUGAUCGAACCGGACUCCACCCUUACUACUCUGAGGAGUGUUCCGCUCAACUGGUCGUUACCUACAGCAGUGGAAGUGGCGAUGCUAUUAAUAGCUGUUACAAGGCUCACGGUGGUACAUCUGCCGCUGCACCUCUUGCUGCUGGUAUCUUUGCUCUGGUUCUUCAGGUUCGUCCUGAUCUUACUUGGAGAGAUCUCCAGUACCUGGCCAUGGACACCGCGCUGCCCAUCGAAGGCGACGAAGCCAACCAACAAAACACAACAAUUGGCAAGAAAUUCAGUCACACCUUUGGAUACGGUAAGAUCGACUCCUGGGCUCUGGUUGAGAAGGCCAAGGAUUGGAAGUUGGUCAAGCCUCAGUCGUGGUACUUUUCUCCCUGGAUCCAUGUCAAGAAGGCAAUUCCCGAGGGCCGGGACGGCUUGACUGUGACUCUUGAUGUUACUGAGGACAUGCUCAAGGACUCCAAUUUGGCUCGUGUGGAACAUGUCACUGUCACCAUGAACGUUGAACACACCCGACGUGGUGAUCUCAGCGUUGAUCUCAUCAGCCCUGACAACGUGGUCAGUCAUCUUGCCGUUUCUCGACGAAGCGAUGCCAAGGAUGCGGGAUACGUUGACUGGACAUUUAUGAGUGUUGCUCAUUGGUAUGUAUCUCCAAACAAUUUGUAUCUUUCUGUUCUAACAAUCUUCAGGGGAGAAUCUGGUGUUGGCAAGUGGACCAUCAUUGUUCGAGACACCGAGAAGAACUCUUACAAGGGCAAAUUCACCGACUGGCGCAUGAAGCUCUGGGGAGAGGCCAUCGACGCAGACAAGGCCACUCUACUUCCCAUGCCCAAUCCAGGCGACGAUGACGACCAUGACAAAAUUGUCUCUACUACAACAAUCGCCGCCUCUACGACAACAGCACCUCCCGCUACCAAGCCUACCUUGAUUGACCACCCUUCCGAUCACCCUGAGAGACCCACCAAGCCUGCCCGACCUAGUGGCACCGAGGAGGAAGAGUCAUCAAGCACCCAGACCUCCGCCGAGGAAACAUCAACAGCUUCAUCCUCAUGGGUUUCAUGGCUUCCAACCUUUGGCGCCUCCAAGAAGGCCCAGAUCUGGAUCUACGGAGCAGUCGGUUUCAUCGCAGCCUUCUGCGUCGGCCUAGGCGUCUACUUCUGGAUCGCCCGCCGCCGUCGUCUCCGCAACAGCUCCCACAACAGCUACGAAUUCGAGCUCAUCGACGAAGAAGAAGCUCCUCUCAACGCAGGCGAGAAAGGACCCGGCAACAAACCUCGCAGAACCCGUGGCGGAGAGCUGUAUGAUGCUUUCGCCGAGGGCAGCGACGAGGAGCCUUUUGAAGAUUACCGCGAUAACCGGGAGCCUUCUCGUGAUAGACUCGCAGGCGAUGAUACGCAGCAUUACGCCGUCGGUGACGAUAGUGACGACAGCGAAAGCGAUGAUGAUAGCAGCGAUGGGGCAAGGGCUGAAACAAGACCUUUGGGCGGUAGACGUUGA